GUGACAAGAAAAUUCAAGAAAAUCUGAUCUAAAUGAAUAACAUCUCGACAUGCAUUCAACCAUCCAUGAUUUCUACCACAGCUUUACCGAUCAUUUACAUCUUUUUGUGUGUCAUUGGUCUCUUUGGGAACUCACUUGCUCAGUGGGUAUUUUUAACAAAAAUAGGUAAGAAAACAUCAACGCAUGUCUACCUGGCAAACCUUGUGACUGCAAACUUACUUGUGUGCACUGCCAUGCCUUUCAUGGGAAUCUACUUCAUGAAGGGAUUCUAUUGGAAAUAUCAAUCUGUACAAUGCAGACUGGUCAAUUUUUUGGGAACCCUAUCCAUGCAUGUAAGUAUGUUUGUCAGCCUCUUAAUUUUAAGCUGGAUUGCCAUAAGCCGUUAUGCUACCUUAAUGAAAAAGGAAUCCUCACAAGAGGCCACCUCAUGCUAUGAGAGAAUGUUCUAUGGUCACUUACUAAAAAGAUUUCGCCAGCCCAACUUUGCCAGAAAAAUGUGUACAUAUAUAUGGGGAGUUGUGUUGGUCAUAAUUAUUCCUGUUACUCUAUACUACUCAGUUGUAGAGACCACAGAAGAAGGAGAAAGUCAGUGCUACAAUCAGCAGAUGGAAUUGGGAGCCAGCAUCUCUCAGAUUGCAGGUCUCAUUGGAACCACAUUUAUUGGAUUAUCAUUUUUAGUCGUAGUAACAUCAUACUAUUCUUUUGUCAGCCAUCUGAGAAGAGUGAGAACCUGUACCUCCAUUAUAGAGAGAGAUUUGACCUACAGAUCUGUGAAAAGGCACCUUUUGAUCAUCCAGGUCCUCUUAGUAGUUUGCUUUCUUCCAUAUAGUAUUUUUAAGCCCAUUUUUUAUGCUCUGCACCAGCGAACAGACUGUCAGCAGCUGAAUUAUUUAAUAGAAGCCAAAAAUAUCCUCACUUGUCUUGCGUCAGCCAGAAGUAGUACAGAUCCCAUUAUAUUUCUUUUAUUAGAUAAAACAUUCAAGAAGACACUAUAUAAUCUCCUUAAAAAAUCUUAAUUCACCACAUAUACUACUGUAUGGUUGACUUUUGGAUGGAAACCACCACA